AUGGAUAAUUAUUACGGAAAUGUCUCUGAUUUCUGGACGUCGGAUGAGGAAGCGCUGGAAGAUGAAUCAGAAUCAGAUAAAAACGAAAGCACCGGAGGCCUAAAGCAUCUGAAUACAAAAAAUAAAUUAAAAAACAACUAUGCUUCUGGCAAUUUAGAAUCAGCUCUCGAAAGUUUGGACUGGAUUCCAUCAGUAUCUCUGCCACUAAACGGGCGCUCAUUGUUUGAUAUUUUCAGCAAGGAUUUUGGAAAUUUGAGCAACGUGGAACUGGAUAACAUAAAGGAUGAGUUAUAUGCCUCGAUAUACUACUCUAAUGACACUGAGAAGGGGGAGCCUGAGGCCUACACACAAGGCCCUGUAGCCGAUGAAGCAGAUUCCGAUUAUUCCCAGGAAAAGACGGAAAACAAUAACACAAUACCAAAUAAUGAUCCGUACCAACUGAUAAUCCCGAAGCCUGGUGAAAACAAGAACUACAUAAGGAAAAAAUGGUCAAUCGUGGACGACAAGGAGCCGCCAGAGCUGAAUAAUUUGAUCAUAGAGUACCCGUUCGUGUUGGACGACUUCCAGAAGAAGGCAAUCAACCACCUGAUCAACGGAAAGCACGUCUUCGUCUCAGCACACACCUCGGCGGGGAAGACGGUGGUGGCGGAGUACGCAAUAGCGAUGGCGCUGAGCAGAGGAGAGAAGGCAAUAUACACGAGCCCAAUCAAGGCGCUCUCGAACCAGAAGUACAGAGAGUUCAAGGACAAGUUCGGCCCGGAGAACGUGGGAAUCGUGACGGGCGACGUCCUGUGCAAUCCGACGGCCUCGUGCCUGAUCGUGACCACGGAAAUACUGAGGAACCUGCUGUACAGAGGCGACAGCGUAAUUGAGCAGAUAUGCGUGGUGAUCUUCGACGAAAUACACUACAUCAACGACCUCUCGAGAGGGGUGGUCUGGGAGGAGGUGAUCAUCAUGCUGCCGAAGGAGGUGCAGCUGGUGAUGCUGAGCGCAACCGUGCCGAACUACGUGGAGUUCGCGGAGUGGAUCGGGAGCAUUAUGCAGAAGGAGGUGGUCAUCAUACUGACGAACUUCAGGUCAGUGCCGCUGAAGCACUACCUCUACGCGCACGACCGCUUCUUCCUGCUGGUCGGCUCGGGAGGCUUCAACAAGGAGGCGUACCACAUCAUGCACAAGUACGUGUCGACGCUCAAAGUCGCAGAAAAGAAGGCGACCUUCAAGGGCGAGGUCCAGAAGCUGCAGAAGCUGCUGAAGACGCUGGAGACCGAGGAUAAGCUGCCGGUGGUCCUCUUCUGCUUCAACAGGCAGAAGUGUGAGCAGUACGCGAAGGACAUGCCGAACCUUAACCUGGCGUACACGAAAACGCAGCGUUCUAAGAUACACCUGUUCCUGAAGGAAUCACUUGAGGGGCUCACGGAAGAGGACAGAAAUUUGCCGCAGUUGAGAAAGAUGAUUAAACUGCUGGCAAGAGGAAUAGGAGUGCACCACUCAGGAUUGUUGCCAAUAAUAAAGGAAAUGGUUGAGAUUUUGUUCUCACGGGGGCUGAUUAAGGUCCUGUUCGCAACUGAGACCUUCGCAAUGGGAGUGAAUAUGCCUGCGCGCUCAGUGGUAUUCACGUCGAUUUAUAAGCACGACGGAAUUAAGUAUCGCUAUUUGACGUCGUCAGAGUACACACAGAUGGCAGGAAGGGCUGGAAGAAGAGGACUGGAUACAUUCGGAAACGUAUACAUAUUCUGCUCAGAUGAGGCGCCGGAUGUGCAGGACCUGACGAACAUGAUAAUAGAGAGGUCGACGAGGCUUGAAAGCAGAUUUAGAAUAACCUACAACAUGCUGCUGCAAAUACAGUCGAGAGACCACAUGAAUAUCACGGAGAUGAUGUUGAAGUCGUUUAGAGAGCGAGAGAAGAUGAUGAAGAUACCGCUGCUGAAAAAGAGAAUUAACAAAAAGAAACACGAGCUGGAAAACCUGCCGCCGAUCAACUGCAUAUACGGAGAGCCAACGAUAGAAGGGUACUACAAGGCGUUGAAAUACUCGAAGAGCCUGUCGUCUGAGCUACACCAGCACCUGUGGAACCACAGGGACAGUAAGCAGAUAUUUAAGUACGGGAGGGUGCUGAUGUUACACUCGACAAACAUUACGCAAACGCUCUCGUACAGCUUCAUCAAGGAGAUCGUUGACCAGAAAAAUCACACGUUCAAGGUGGUGACAAUAAUAACAGAGUAUCUGUCAGACGCCAAUGACCCGAACAUCAACUCAGUUCAUCAUAACAACGAGUGCAUAUUCUACUAUGUUCACCAAGUUGGCCUCUCGAGCGUGUCUUUCAUAUUUGAAAACGUGCUCCUGGACACAGAUUUAAACAGAAAUGUAGUUGAGAUGAACAAGUUAAUAGAGAGCAACAAACUCACGUUGAUGUCGUUCAGUAAGAAGUUUAAGCAGAUAUCGAUGCAGUUUUAUGAGACUCUGCUGAAGCAGAGGGACCUGUACCACGCGUUCUCGCGCAACCCAUGUACAAAGUGCCUGUUGCGAGAGCAGCACUUCAAGACCCAGGAAAACGUGGACAAUUACGAAUUGGAAAUAGAGGACAUUAAUAAGCAGUUGAAGGACGAGUCGCUGUACUUCUACGACGACAUGAUUAACAAGUUGGAGGUGCUUAAGCAGCUGGAGUUCCUGGAUGAGCGCGGGAGGCCCACGCUGAAGGGAAGGAUCGCGACCUUCAUAACGACCAGCGACGAGCUGACGCUCACGGAGGCCCUGGCCCAGAACAUACUGGCGGACCUGACGCCCCCGGAGUGCGCAGCCAUCCUCUCGGCGUUCAUCUACAACGACAAGGCGCCGGAGAAGGAGGCGCCGUCGCCGACGCUCGCGCUGCAGCAGGCUAAGAGCCAGGUCAUCAACAUCCACAAGAAGAUCGACGUGGUCCAGAGGGCGCUGGGCGUGCGUGUGUCCCAGGAGUACCACAACUCGCUCUGCAACUUCACGCUCUCGUACCUGGUGUACCAGUGGGCCUCGGGCGUGCCCUUCAACGAGAUCAUGGAGCUGACUGACCUGCAGGACGGCCACAUUGUGAGGGUGAUUCUGCGCCUGGACGAGCUGUGCAGGAAGAUGGCGCAGACCGCAGGCGUGUUCGGCGACGCCACUCUGGCCGAGAAGAUCGAGGAGGUCUGCAGGGCAAUAAGGCGCGACAUCGUGUUCAAGCAAUCGCUGUACCUGAGGUAG